AUGGCCAGUAGAACAACAUAUGCUCCUAAGCCCUCCAAGCAUCCAGAGCUUUACAUGGACACGAUCACGUUCCUAGCGGAAAAUUGUUUGUUUAAGGUUCCUCGGAAGCCAUUAGAAGAGGAAUCGACAGUCUUCAGAGACAUGUUUCUUCUCCCGCAAUCCGAAAAUGAGAUGAUGGAGGGCCAGGAUGAUGCUGGACCAGUAGUCUUGCACGGUGUUUCCAAGGAUGAUUUUGAAUGCCUGUUGAAAGUUCUAUUAUGCAGAGCGUUUGGGCCAAAUUUGGACCUACCACUUAGCCUCACCAGACAAUGGAUAUCUGUCCUCAAGUUGUCCACGAUGUGGGAAUUUACAAACCUUCGCAUGACAGCCAUGUGUUGGCUGGAUAACGAUGCGACUCUUGACCACGUUGAAAAAAUUGUGCUUGCCACGCAAUAUGGCAUCAAGCAAUGGCUACUGCCUUCUCUUUUCGCGUUGGCCCAGAGACCUGAUCCGAUCAGUGUUGAGGAAGGCACACGUCUAGGUAUUGAAACUGCAUUGAAGUUGGCAUCAGUGCGAGAGCAACUGAAGCUGGAGAGCGUGUAUGGGUAUGACGCCAAGGGGGGUUCUGAGCUUCUACAGAAGGUCUUCGAGCUAUAG